AUGUCCAUCCUCUCGCUGGUAGAGGACAGGCCGACGCCCAAGGAGGUCUACAACUGGCGCAUCUACCUCCUGGCCGCCGUCGCCUCUUUCACCUCAUGUAUGAUCGGUUAUGACAGUGCUUUCAUCGGCACCACCAUCUCUCUGCAGUCUUUCAAAGAUGAAUUCAACUGGGACGCCAUGUCCACCGACAAGCAGAACCUGAUCAGCGCCAACAUCGUCUCGCUCUACCAGGCCGGCGCCUUUUUCGGCGCCUUCUUCGCCUACCCCAUGGGGCAUUUCUGGGGCCGCCGAUGGGGCCUGUUCGUCGCCGCCCUGGUCUUCACCCUCGGUGCCGGGCUGAUGCUCGGGGCCAACGGCGACCGCGGUCUAGGCUUGAUCUACGGCGGUCGUGUGCUGGCGGGUCUGGGGGUGGGUGCUGGGUCCAACAUCACCCCCAUCUAUAUCUCCGAACUGGCGCCCCCGGCUAUCCGUGGCCGACUGGUCGGUGUCUACGAGUUGGGCUGGCAGAUUGGCGGUCUUGUCGGUUUCUGGAUCUGCUUCGGUGUUGAUGACACCCUCGCCCCCAGCCACAAGCAAUGGAUCAUCCCCUUUGCCGUGCAGCUGAUCCCCUCGGGUCUGCUCCUGCUGGGUAUUCUGUUCGUGCGCGAAUCCCCUCGCUGGCUGUUCCUGCGCGGUCGCCGCGAGCAGGCCAUCCAGAAUCUCUGCUGGAUCCGACAGCUCCCCGUCGACCACAUCUACAUGAUCGAGGAGAUUGGCGCGAUCGACCAGUCGCUGGAGCAGCAGCGCUCGACCAUCGGCCUGGGCUUCACCAAGCCGUUCCUGGCUGUCUGGUCCAACAAGCGCAUCAUGUACCGCCUGUUCCUGGGCAGCAUGCUGUUCCUGUGGCAGAACGGCUCCGGCAUCAACGCCAUCAACUACUACAGCCCGACGGUCUUCAAGAGUAUCGGCCUGCGCGGUGCCAACACCUCGCUGCUGACCACCGGCAUCUUCGGCGUCGUCAAGACCGUUGUCACCUUCGUCUGGCUGCUGUGGCUGAUCGACCGCCUCGGUCGGCGUCUGCUGCUGAUGAUCGGUGCCGCUGGUGGUUCCGUCUGUCUCUGGAUUGUCGGCGCAUACAUCAAGGUCGCCAAGCCCACUGAGCGUGAUCCCGACGCGCCCCUUGACGGCGGCGGCAUCGCCGCCAUGUUCUUCUUCUACCUCUGGACGGUGUUUUACACCCCGUCCUGGAACGGUACCCCCUGGGUCAUGAACUCGGAAAUGUUCGAUCCGAACGUCCGUUCCCUGGCGCAGGCCUGCGCCGCCGGUUCCAACUGGCUGUGGAACUUUCUCAUCUCGCGCUUCACGCCGCAGAUGUUCGCCAAGAUGGAGUACGGCGUGUACUUUUUCUUCGCGUCGCUGAUGAUCCUGUCCAUCGUGUUCGUCUUCUUCCUGAUCCCCGAGACCAAGGGUAUCCCGCUGGAGAGCAUGGACGGGCUGUUCGAGUACAAGCCCAUCUGGCGGGCGCACGCCAAGGUGCUGGCGCAGCUGCGCGAGGACGAGGAGCGCUUCCGCACGGACAUCGAGGAGUCGGGCUACACCAAGAGCGAUGCGCAGCAGGUGGAGAGGGUGGAGCAGGCGGAGAGUGUGCCCAAGGCGUAG